AUGGACCCUCCAGCCGGUCCACCCGGUCCAUCGCCUCCUCCUCGGCCGCCCAAGCCAUCGUACGCCGCCGCCUCGAGCUCGCCUGCCUCAAAGCAGGCCGCUGUCCCUCCUCGUGUCCCGCCCAAGCCCGCCAACCUCCAGCCCUCGCCCGUCGCGCCCGCCAACUUCUUCAACGCGUCCCCCGCGCAGGCCGCGUCCGCCUCGACCUCGUCGCCCUCGCACGGCGCUCCUGCACCUGCACGCCCAGUCAAGCCUCGCCAGCCGUCGUAUCCGCAGCAGCCACUCGUGCCCGACAGCGCCGCCGCCGCCGCCAGCGCCGACGACAACAACGACCUCGUCUCGAGGACCUCGCCUGCCGGGCCCAGCACGCUCAAGAAGCGCACCUCGGGCGCUCAGACGUCGCCGACGGUCACCAAGACGUACGGCAGCGGCGGCAGGAGGAGCUCGGCGAUGCAGCGCGACGGGAGCAGCGGGUCCGGGUCGCGCAUGCCGUGGGCCGGCAAGUGGGACCAGCCGCCGCCCGAGGCUGCGGCCCCGGCUCCUGGACCUCCCGCUCGUCCUGCUCCACCGAGUGCAUGGCAGACGCCGGCUCGAGGCCCGGCGGGCGGCGACAUCGGCGGUCCGGCGACAUGGGGCGGUGCGACCUGGCAGCAGCUCGCUACGAGGGUCGACGCCGACACCGACACCGACCCGGGCGACGUGCGCAUCGUCGACGCCUCGCCCUCGCCGCCGCUCCUGCCAUCGCCCGCCUCGCGCCCGCAGCAGCUCCUCCUCGACGGUCCCGGCGCGCCGAGCGGGCCCGACCUGCCCAUCACGUUCGCCACGUGGUGGACGACGCCGAGGGUGCUCGCCGCGCCGGGCGAGAUGGGCGGCGGCAAGGCGGGCGUGUGGGGCGACGAGGUGUGGGACUUUGACGUCGCGGCGACGCCCGCAGGCGAGGUCGUCAACGGCGGGCUGCGGUACUUGGCCAUGGGCGAGUGGGUGUCGCUCGCGGUGGAGCGGGAGGAGCCCGACGCGUCGGCCGGCGCCUCGGUGGCAGACGAGCCAUCGUCGUCGUCGAACGGCGCGAGCGAGGACACAGCCAUGACGGUGGGCGACAACGACGCCGCCCCGGCUACGACCUCGACCGCCGACAAACCUCUCCCGCCCGUCGACCUCGCCUCCUCCUCCUCACCGCCACCCGAGCUCCCUCCCAAGCCUCGUCGCGGCUUCCACACCCCCACGCUCGCCGACCUCGAGCACGCUCGCCCCCACCCCAACCUCUACUUCUGCCCGCGCACCUUCUCCUGGGCGCUGUUCGCCCCGAUCCGGCGUCCUCCCCCGCCGAUCAGCCUCGACAGCUCCGCCGCGCCCAUCCUGUGGCACCGCGUCGACGAGUGCACGCCGGUCAUGCUCGAGCGCUACUUUGCCGAGCGCCUCGUCGGCGAGGGCGGCCUCGCGCACCCGCAUCCUCCGGUCCCGCCGGCGUGCCCGGACUCGUUCUCGGCGCAGCACGACCCGCGUACCGAGGCCAACGGGCGCACGUUCGCCGAGGCGUGCACGGCGGGACGAGGGCUCAUCGAGGUGCACUCGGCGAGCGGCGAGGGCAGGGUCGCCAUCGGCGGGACGGCGUUCUACCCGGCCGUGAUCCCGCGCGCGCUGUGGGAGCGCAUGAUGCGCGAGAGGGGCGACGCGCCGGCGGUGGGCAAGACGGCCGACGAGGCGAGGUACGAGGCGGCGAGGGUCUUCUGGAGGACGAUCAACAACCUCCUGUUCGCCGGCGAGAAGCGCCCGCUGCCGACGCAGGGCAAGCACAUGGCCAAGUUCAUGCCGUUCGACGCGACGACCAACGACAUCUUUGUCGCGACCCUCGGCUUCGGCUACCGCGACGGCCACAUCUUGAUCCCGCACCUCGACGAGGCCGACGAGCGCGGUCGCGAGAACCGCAUGCGUCUCCUGCGGUGCUGGCUCGAGGUCGGUAUCUGGCUCGAGGAGUUCAUCAAGGCGAACUCGGACAAGGGCAUCAAGCCGUUGGGCACGAGGAUCACCAUCAAGCCGUCGAAGCUGGCGAUGGCGGCGGCGAUGGGCGGCGACGACCUUCCUCGAGCUCCUAUGACCGGCGCCAUGUCGGGCGUCAGCUUCACGCGCACGACCUCGGCCCCGACCGACAAGGACGCCCUCGCCGGCGACUACGACCAGCUCGGCGUCACGCCCAACCUGUCGGACCACGUCGUGUCGCGCGUUUAUAACCAGCAGGUGCAGCUCAACCCGGGCCGCGUCGCCAUCAUGCUCGAGGCGCUCAUCCGCAUCGCCAAGAGCCGAGGCUCGAGCGCGCUCGAGGAAAAGGUCGCCAUCGAGCGCUCGCUCGACCGCUUCCCGGCGAGCGAGGUCGUCACCGCCUACAAGGAGCUCCAGCUCGCCAACCCGUUCCACAACUACGUCGGCGACGACCAGAUCUCCGCCGCGUUCGACGCGCGCAACUCGGCCGUUGAGCAUCCAGAGCGGCGCCGAGUCCUGUUCGAGGCGGCCCACAUCGUCGCCAACUUCAGCCAGUGCGAGAUCCUCAAGGCGAUGCUCGAGAGCAUGGGCGACGAGAUCGCUCAAGUCGCGGCGGCGUCGGGCCACGUCGUCCACAAGCCGAGGAUGGACCUCGACGCGGCGUAUCGCGCUCUCGGUCUCGAUCCGGCCGUCAGCGUCGACGAGGGCAACAUCUCGAUUGUCUACACGAUCCGGCUUGAAGACGCCUCAAGCGACACGGAAAAGGCCAAGAUGCGCGAGGCGCUCGAGGUCAUCGCCGCCGACAAGAAGAGCAACGAGCUGUACACGCUCGCCCAGACGGGCAAGCGCCCCGACGACAGCUCGGCGGGCUGGCAGGCCGGUCCUGCGGCCGACGUGAACCUCCCUGUCGGCUUGACCAACAUCGCCAACACGUGCUACCUCAACUCGCUGCUCCAGUACUUCUUCACGGUGCGCGAGGUCCGCGACGCGAUCCUCGCCUUCCACGACACGCCAACACCGCCGUCGCAGCAAGGUCAGCUUCGAGUUGGCGGCCGACUCGUCUCGCUCGCCGAGGUCAAGCGCUCGAAACGCUUCGUCGCCCUCCUCCAGAACCUGUACCAGCAGCUCAUCCACUCGUCCAUCAGCGCCGUCACGCCCGAGACCGAGCUCGCCUACCUUGCGCUCGUGCCCUCUCGCGAGGAGGCCGAGGCAGCGACCGCGCCCGCCGCCACCGCCACCCUCACCGAGGAGCCCGAGCCUCUCGUCCUCGCCGACAGCGACAAGCCCGCCGAGCCGAGCGCGAGCACCGGCGUGCGCUCGCCGUCGUCGUCCGUCCUCGGCAAGCGCAAGGUCGGCGAGGAGGGCGCCGCCUCGCCGCCCUCGAUGAGCGGCAUGCAGCUCGACUCGCAGCAGUCGCCGCUGUCGAGCCCGCCGCUCGCGGGCAGCGGCGCGGCCAUGGCGGGCCUGUCGCUCCCGACAACGGCCGGCGCGGCCGAGGACGCCGACAUGGCCGACGCACUCGCGCCGGCCGAGGUGGAGCUGCGCCGCAGCAAACGCGGCAAGAGCGAGGAGGAGCGGUCGGGCGCGUCGAGCGUCACCGAGCGGCAGGGCGAGUCGCCGAUCGACGGCGAGACGGAGGAGCCCAUGUCGCUCGACCUGCCGGCGGCCGAGGGCGGGCCCGCGCAGGGGCCGCCGCCGCUCCCGCCUCGUCGCACCGACGCACCGUCGCCUGAGCCGCAGCCCGAGCUGCCCAUGCCGCCGCUCGUCAACGGCGGGCCGACCGACGACAAGCAGAAGGAGCUCGAGCGCCAGGUGUCGAGCUACAUGGCGUUCGGCCGCCAGAACGACGUGACCGAGUGCAUGGACAACGUCAUGUUCCAGGUCGAGGUGGCGCUGCUCGCCAACGCGCCGGGUGGGCAGGAGCACGCGACCGCGAGCUUGUUGCGCAGGACGUUCUACGGCAUGAUGCGCCAGCAGCUCGUCUUCAACGACCCGUCGUCCGUCCCCGACCCGGUCCGCACCCAGGACGAGCCGUUCUCGUCCCUCCUCGUCGACGUGUCGCCUCCGCCCACGUGGGGCGGCGUCCCUCUCGCGCGCGACAUCUACGACGGCCUCGACGCCGUCUUUGCGCCGUCGCCGAUCGAGCUCGAGGGCCACGCCGCCGAGCGACGCGUCGCCCUCGUGUGGCCGCCGCCGCCCGUCCUCCAGAUCCAGCUCCAGCGGGUCCAGUACGACCGCGAGAAGCAGAGCGUGUACAAGAGCAACGCGCACCUCCAGUUCUACCAGGAGAUCGGCGUCGCCCGAUACGUCGAGGUCGCCGAGGGCGACGAGGCGGGCCGCGUGCGCGCACUCAAGAUCAACGAGCUGCGCCGCGUCCUCGAGAAGAAGCGGGAGAGGCUCGCCCAGCUCACCAAGGCGACGCAGAGCGCCAACACCGCCACUGCGCUGCGCUCGAGCGCCUCGCACCUCAACCGCAUGACGCGUCGCGAGCCCGACACGCGGUACCGCAUCCACGACUCGAUCAGCACCCGGGUCGACGAGAUGAAGCAGCUCGUCGCCGAGACCGAGGCCGAGGCCGACGCCAUCGACGACGAGAUGAGCGCGCUCAAGAAGCGCAUUGGCGACGUGCGUCGCGAGAUGGAGCUCCUGUACGGCGACGUCGAGGGCGAGAAGGACGAGAUGCGGUACGACUUGACGGCCGUGUUCAUCCACCGCGGAACGGCCCUCAGCGGGCACUACUACAUCUUCCAACGCGACCACCGCAACCCCGAGCGCUGGCUUCGCUACAACGACAGCGUCGUGUCCGAGGUCAGCAAGGACGAGGUCUUCAAGGAGACUACCGGCGACACGAACGCCUACUUCCUCUCCUACGUUCGCCGGGACUGCAGCGGCGCCAUCGAGUCGAUCAAGCGCGAGCCGUGAGGGCCGAGGAGGCUGUGCUCUCGACCGUCGAUUUCCCCCUCCCACAUGCAGCUGUGCUUAGUCCCCCUCUCUCUCUUCUGUGUCCUUUUGUAGUCGCAUCCUGCAGCUUUGCGGUCAUCUUGUCGAGCUC